AUGACGGGUGAUGAUAGCGAGGUGUCCAGUCGUGCACUGCUCCAAUUCGCCGUCAGGGGCGGGUGCAGCGAUAGCGAUAGGUGUGAGAAACGUAGCUCUAAAACCGGAGAUUGUGGGUUAACAUUAGGGUGGGUGUCAUCGAUUGGUUUCCCAGCUGAGGCCGGAUGGGUAAUAUCAAUGGGUUCGUGUGCCAAUGGAGGUGGAUACUAUCAUUACGCUUAUUCGGUGCUUCGUGGAUGCGACCGUGUUAUACCAGUUGAUAUUUAUGUUCCUGGCUGCCCACCAACUGCUGAGGCGCUGCUUUAUGGAGUGCUGCAACUACAGAAGAAAAUCAAGCGGAAGCGUGAAGCUCAGCUGUGGUACAGGCGAUAG